AGAAGGUCCGACCUUGGGCGAAGGAACGACAAACUUUAAGGAAAAGUACCAGUCCUUGAAGGAGAAGCACAAACGGCUGAAGCAGAAAUACAGAGAAUUGAAGCGCAGAUUUGAUCAAAGUGAUAAUAACAUAGAGCUUUUCGAUGGAUCAGAUGUAAGGAUCGAGUCUUCUGUGCUGGCGUCCAUGAGAGUGAUGUCACCAAAACCUACCAUACUUGCAAGAAAUCUCUUUAGACAGCUAUUCUCUGCUGAGGAGCUAUCCAACCACUCAUUGUUUGGGAAGAAAUCCAAUGCUAAUCGCGGAAGGGAGACGCUCCCGGAAAUAGAUAGUGUUCGAAGGGAUGCCGUAAUAAAUUUCAUACUGAAAGACGAAGGCUUUGGUGAAGCGCCAGAGACGGGUAACCCAGCUGCUGACAAGGUCUUCAUAAAAGCAAAGAAGACCCUAAAAAACGAGCUGCGGAAGACAUUGUCUGAAUUCCUCAGGGAGGAGAAGGCGAAGGCACGGGAUGGUAACAAUCAAUAAAUAUUCUAAUGAUUAUUGUUGUAUAUUACCCAAUAAUAAAUUCCCUGAAUAAAGAUACAAUCAAAGAUAUAAGUUAUAUCUUUGAUGUAUCUUUAAUAUUUUGUUAUAUCAUAUAACAAAAUAUUUCGUUAUAAUUCUUUAUGCAUAAAAACCAGCCAAUUCUCGUACCAAAAAUUUCGACAUAAUAAAUUAUGUACAUUGCAACCGAAACAAAUUAGUAUGCAUAACUAACUCGACAUAACCAAAUGGAAUAA